AUGGCCGAGGAUUUUUCAGGCAGCGAUCCCAUCACUCUCCGCCAGGUGGAAGCUGUUGCGAAACGGAAGCUCCCACACAAUAUUUACAGUUAUUACUCAGGUGGCGCCGAUGACGAGACGACAGUCAAAAGAAAUCGAACUGACUUUGACAGUCUCUUCAUUCUGCCCCGAGUGCUGCGCGAUGUAUCUAAUAUUGACACAUCAACGGAGUUAUUCAAUAACAAAUUGCCAAUUCCCGUGGGUAUUGCGCCCAGUGCGAUGCAAAGGUUGGCAGGUUUCGAGGGUGAACUAGACGUCGCGCGUGCAGCUUGUUCUAUGGGCCUGAAUUUGACCCUCUCUACCAAUUCGACGACUUCACUGGAAGAAGUCAUAGCAGUUAGACAACCCAACUCUUCUAAAUCGGCUACACCAUUCUGGUUCCAGUUAUACGUUGCCAAGAACCCGGAGCUCAGUUUGCCUAUUAUCAGGCGAGCAGAAGCUGCGGGAUACGAGGCGCUCGUUUUGACUGUCGAUACCCCUGUCCUUGGUAAUCGGGUUCAUGAGCGGCAGACGCCAUUAGUUCUUCCAGAAGGCCUUCACCUAGCCAAUAUAGAACAGGCAUAUACCCAGAAUCCAGGCAAGCCAACUUCUAACCGUAUUCUGAUGGAUGCACGUACUGCGGCAGACGCAAAAGAUAUUUUGCGAGUGGUUGGGGACGGCAUCAACAGUUCGUCUCUUACAUGGGCAUCAACUAUCAAAUUUUUGCGACAGAAUAGUAAGAUGAAGAUUAUUUUGAAAGGUAUAAUGGCACCUGAGGAUGCUCUUUUGGCAGUUGAGUAUGGAGCCGAUGCAAUCAUUGUGUCCAACCAUGGAGGCCGACAACUUGAUAGUGUUCCAUCCACAAUCCAAGCACUGCCCGCUGUUGUUGAAGCUGUGGACCGCCGGAUUCCUGUGAUCUUAGAUGGAGGCAUUCGCCACGGGAGUGACAUAUUCAAAGCGCUUGCAAUGGGGGCAAACUUCGUUCUGGUUGGAAGACCGAUUUUGUGGGGACUUGCAUUCAAUGGACAAAAGGGCGUUGAGACAGUGAUAAAUAUUCUGGAACGAGAGAUGAGUCGCACCAUGGCAUUGACCGGAACGGCAAGUCUGCGGGACAUUAAUUCGUCUUACCUCCGAAUCUCCAAAGGGGGUCGCUUGAGCAAAAUCUAG